AUGGAUGGGCACCCGUACUGCCAACAACUCAGAUCACUCACUCCCUUCGCGUUUUGCAACAUGCAGCUCAUGAUGGAUAAGUACACUUUCGCGGCCCUCGCCCUCGGCCUCGCCACCAUCUCUGCAGCGGUCUUGGGAGACAUGAAUUACUGGUACAACAUGCAGCCGUACUACGACAUUGAGAACAUCAACACUUACCCUGCCGUGCUCGACUCAGAUGGUGCGAAGCGAAGCUGGCAGGACACUAUUCUCGUGGGACACGCAACGAUUCGUGAGGUGAAUCCUGCUCGUGAGAAGGGGCAGCAGCUGAUGGAUGCCGGACGCGUCUACUUCGAGGAUGGCACUGGGCUGGACACCUCCAAGGCGAUGGCUUUCCGAAACCUUGACAGGUACUGCGUGGCGCCUAUCGUCUUCGGGCAGGAGCCUUUGGCAUCCUACGACUUCUGGGCGGUGGGCGUGAACUGCUGCAGUGGAACCACUGCUGACUUCCGCUGCGGCGAGUUCAACAACCCAAAAGCUCGCUCCGGACUUCGUCUCAUGCGCGAAGACCAGCGGCCAUUCUUCCGCUUGGCGGUCCAGCAGGCAGAGGCGGCCUACAACAUCAAGGCCAACCACCCGCUCUUCUUCUACUGGAUGCAGGAUCCGGUUGCGGAGGUCCUCAAGUACCGCAGCGAUGGUUUCAAGCUGCUUGAUGUGGUUCUGUUGGUGCCGGAUGACGAACAUCCGAACCCGCGAUUGUGCGAUGACACUGCAGUGGCGGGAGGAAU